AUGAACGACGAUACGACCGCACCGCCGACCUUUGCUGGCCGUCUGCGCGUGUCCGAUUUUGCGUACAGGGAAGAGGUGUCUGUGCCGAAAAAGCGACGACGGGCCGAUGUGGAGGAUGUGGCGAAAGACGCCUCGCCACAAAAGAAGCCGUCGUCCUGCUCGGGCAAGCGUGCGCGGACGUCCAGCAAAGACCCGUCGGUGUAUGCGCAUCUCGACCUGCUGCCGGACGCGCUGGCGCCCGGACUGCUCGUUCUCUUCAUCGGACUCAAUCCGGGCGUGCAGACAGCUCGCAGUGGCCACGCGUUUGCACACCCGUCGAACCUCUUCUGGCGGCUUCUGUACCGCUCCGGGAUCACGCCCGUGGCCUGCCGUCCUGACGAGGAUCGCUCGCUUCCGGCACGCUUCCGCCUCGGCCUGACCAACAUCGUCGCCCGGCCGUCUCGUCACGGCGGCGAGCUGCGGCCGGCCGAGCUGGACGCCGGCGUCGCUCUGCUCGAGGCCAAGACCUGGAGCUGGCGCCCCGAAGUCGUCUGCCUUGUCGGCAAGGGCAUCUGGCAAAGCGUCGAGCGCGUGCGCUAUGGCCGGCGCCCAAAGAUUGGUGGCCGUCCCGCCUUCCACUACGGCUGGCAGGACGAGGCUGAGAACAUGGGCUGUCGGCCGCCGGCUCUCAACAACGACGAGCUGGCCGAAUACCGCACCGUUGCCGACGGCGUCCACGAUGACCCUGCCUGGAAGGGUGCUCGCAUCUUUGUCGCUUCCAGCACCAGCGGCCUCGCUGCUUCGCUCUCGCCAGCCGAGAAAGAAGCCAUCUGGGCACAGCUUGGCUCUUGGACUGAGAUGCGUCGACAGGAGAUCGAGACCGAAACCGGACGGAAGUGGGUGUGA